AUGCGCGCCAAGCCAAGUCUAGACAAGGUGUGCUGGCAGUGGGCGGAUACCACAUAUCCAGAGAAUGUUACGCCGGAGAACGUCCGCCGUCUCAAACUGCAUGUGUGCGAGAUGGGCUCUUUUGAACGGCAGUUCUGGAAGCCUGACAUUGCCUUGAAAAAUUCCAAUCUGGAGCACAAGGAACUCGGUGUUUCGUCACUCUAUGUUGUCAACAGUUAUGUGGGGACAGUAACGUGGGAGCCUUUUCAGGUUUUUGAAUCAACGUGCUCGAUGGACAUCACAAACUUCCCUUUCGAUACACAGACGUGUUACCUGCAGUUUAAGUCUUGGGUUUACCCGCUGAGAGAGGUUGAAAUGAUAUGUGGAUUUACUCUACUCGCGACACAAUAUUACAAACCAAAUGCGGGUUGGGAUUUAACUGACGUCAGUUGUGAAAUGCAAGGCGACUGGGGUAGCACAAUAAGCUUUUCCCUCACAAUAAGACGAAAACCAUUAUUUUUUAUUAUGUCUGUCAUCUUUCCUAUGAUGAUGCUAGCAAUUUUGAACAUCUGUGUGUUCGUGCUGCCGAAUGACAGUGGAGAGAAAGCAUCUUACUCCAUUUCGGUCUUCUUGGCGUUCGCUGUCUUCCUUACGAUUUUCUCUGCAUCGCUGCCACAAAAUUCAAACUCCGUAGCGUUGAUUGGGGUCUUUCUCAUAAUCCAAACCACUUGCAGCACAAUUACAACCGUCUUUGCGUUGGCCCUUCUGCGCAUGUCCAGUUUCGAUGAAAAUGUGGCUAUUCCUCGGAUAAUGAUUUUCUUCAUGCGAUGUUUGAAAUGCAAAUCUCGUUCAAACGCGUCUAUGGUUGUGCCGGCAGACAAUGGCGCUACAGACGGCAGAAUGUUGGAUGAAUCUUCUACUGGUGACGUUGGAUACAAAUCUUGCGCAAAGUCGUCCAGAUAUGUGCCGACGGAAAUAAAGGCUACAGAAAGCAGAAUGUCUAAUACAGCCUCUACGGGAGACGUUGAAUACUCGUGGAGAGAAGUCGUCAACUUUCUGGACGUCGUGCUGUUUGUGACAUUUGCAUGCAUCCUCAUCGCAUCGUCGCUAUGGUGUUAUUUAUCAGCCAUAAACUAUAAUCGAUCAGAUUAUUAG